UCGGUUUUGUCUAAUGUGGUCCGCUGUGACGAAUGGGAUAACGUUCCUGCUAGACUGGCUGCUGCUCUGGGGAUCUUUGAGGAUGACAGUGACGGCAAGGGGCAUCAUUAUGUGUUGUCGCUUCUAAUGGCGCUCGGUGGAUUUAAUCUGUAUCGCGGAGUAAAGCGCGUCCUCGACACCCGGAUGUUGCGAAGAUGCGCUCGUGGAGCUCAAGGCAUCAGCAUCAGCAUCAUCCACAGUAGUGAAAACAUGAUAGCUAAGAUGGUUUAAUACAGCCACACGAACCGCAACAGAACAAACAAUACAAACAGAUUUUCAAUGUGGAGGAGGGGAUGGACGAGCCAGAGGAACCGACCGAAGGGGCAAACUGUGCCACCAGAGCCUCCGUCUCUAGUGAUGCCCCUCCUAUCUGGUCGGAAGCGCCGUCAAUCACCAGCCAUCGCUCGCCGGCGCAGUCCGCCGCACUCUCCUGGCAGGCAGCGAUUAAUGCCGCCAGACAGUCUCAGGGCACCCCCAAAACCAUGAACUUCUCUGCUGCUGCAAGCUCUGCUCCGGCCGGCUCGCUCGCCCAGAGGAAACGGCAGCAGUAUGCCAAAAGCAAGAAACAGGGAAGCACCACUAAUAGCAGACCUCCAAGAGCACUUUUCUGCCUGACUCUCAAUAACCCUGUGCGCAGAGCGUGCAUUAACUUAGUGGAAUGGAAACCUUUUGAUAUCUUUAUACUGCUGUCAAUAUUUGCCAACUGUGUGGCCUUAGCUGUUUACAUCCCCUUUCCUGAAGACGAUUCCAACUCAACUAAUCACGAUUUGGAAACGGUAGAAUAUGCCUUCCUGAUCAUUUUCACAAUUGAAACCUUUCUCAAGAUCAUAGCCUAUGGACUAGUGAUGCACCAGAACUCCUAUGUGAGAAACGGCUGGAAUAUGUUGGAUUUUGUCAUCGUUAUUGUGGGUCUCUUCAGUGUUGUGCUGGAGCUUGUAACCAAAGACCGAGAUGUCAGCGGGCAGUCAGGGGGAAAGCCCGGCGGGUUCGAUGUCAAGGCUUUACGAGCGUUCAGAGUUCUGCGGCCCCUUCGCCUGGUCUCAGGAGUGCCAAGCUUACAGGUAGUGCUGAACUCCAUCAUUAAAGCCAUGGUUCCUUUGCUGCACAUUGCUCUGCUCGUGCUCUUCGUCAUCAUCAUCUAUGCCAUCAUCGGGCUGGAGCUGUUCAUCGGAAAGAUGCACGCAACCUGCUAUCUGAACGGCACGCGUACGUUAGCGGAGGAGGAUCCCGCUCCUUGUUCUCUUUCUGGUCAUGGGCGUCACUGCCCUCUCAAUGGCACCGUGUGUAGGGAUGGUUGGCAUGGGCCCAACAAUGGCAUCACAAACUUUGACAACUUCCUGUUUGCCAUGCUCACUGUGUUCCAGUGCAUCACCAUGGAGGGCUGGACCGAUGUGCUGUACUGGAUGAAUGAUGCUAUGGGCUCUGAGUUGCCUUGGGUCUAUUUUGUCAGCCUGGUCAUUUUCGGUUCCUUCUUUGUCCUCAAUCUAGUAUUGGGUGUUCUUAGUGGAGAGUUCUCUAAGGAGCGUGAGAAGGCUAAAGCUCGUGGAGAUUUCCAGAAACUGCGUGAGAAGCAGCAGCUUGAGGAGGAUCUGAAGGGAUAUCUGGACUGGAUCACACAAGCUGAGGACAUCGACCCUGAUAAUGAUGAGGAGGGAGAUCAAGAGGCCAAACGCAAUCCAAGUAUCCCCACAAGUGAGACAGGGUCUGUGAACACAGAGAACCCAGGAGAAGAUGAGAAAAUCUGCUGUGGGCCCCUCUGUCAGAAAUUGACAAAGUCGAAGUUCAGCCGCUGGCGUUGCUGGAACAGGUUCUGUCGCCGGAAGUGCCGAGCCGUGGUGAAAUCCACCGUCUUCUAUUGGCUGGUGAUUUUGCUGGUGUUCCUCAAUACACUCACAAUAUCAUCUGAACAUUAUAACCAGCCUGACUGGCUUACGGAAGUCCAGGAUGUGGCUAAUAAGGUGUUGUUGGCCCUCUUUACAUGCGAGAUGCUGAUAAAAAUGUACAGUCUGGGGCUACAGGCAUACUUUGUGUCGCUUUUCAACCGCUUCGACUGCUUCGUAGUUUGCGGAGGCAUUGUGGAGACGAUCCUCGUGGAGCUUGAGAUCAUGUCUCCUCUCGGCAUCUCAGUGUUCCGCUGCGUCCGGCUUCUCAGGAUUUUUAAAGUCACACGUCACUGGGCAUCUCUGAGUAACCUGGUGGCAUCUCUUUUGAACUCCAUGAAGUCCAUUGCGUCCCUUCUGCUGUUGCUCUUCCUCUUCAUCAUUAUCUUCAGUUUGCUUGGCAUGCAGCUCUUUGGAGGAAAGUUUAACUUUGAUGAGACUGUUACCAAACGAAGCACGUUUGACAACUUUCCCCAGGCCCUGCUGACUGUCUUUCAGAUCCUGACGGGUGAGGAUUGGAAUACAGUGAUGUAUGAUGGGAUCAUGGCAUAUGGAGGCCCCUCCUCCUCAGGCAUGCUUGUGUGCAUCUACUUCAUCAUCCUCUUCAUCUGUGGAAACUACAUCUUACUGAACGUCUUCUUGGCCAUUGCUGUGGAUAACCUGGCAGAUGCUGAAAGUCUGAACUCGGCCCAGAAAGAGGAAGAGAAGAGGAACAAGAGGAGGAAAAGCAGGAGUAUGAGCAUAUACAAGAGAGAUGGUGACGAUGGAAACUUAAAGGCAUCUGGCGAUCAGGAGGGUGAUCAGGGUCAGACAGAGGAAAUGAUUGACUCCUCAGAGGAGGAUGAGGAAGAUGAGCCUGAGGUACCAUCAGGGCCACGGCCCCAGAGACUGUCAGAGCUGAGCCUCAGAGAAAAGACGCCACCCAUCCCAGAGGGCAGCGCCUUCUUCAUCCUCAGCAACACCAACCCGAUCCGUGUGGCGUGCCAUCGGCUCAUCAAUCAUCAGAUCUUCACCAACCUCAUCCUCAUCUUCAUCAUGCUGAGCUCCGUCUCGCUGGCAGCCGAAGACCCCAUCCGUAACUUUUCCGCCCGAAACAUUGUUCUUGGUUAUUUUGACUAUGCCUUCACUGCUAUAUUUACAGUGGAGAUCUUGUUGAAGAUGACUGCGUUUGGUGCUUUCCUUCACAAAGGAGCUUUCUGCAGAAAUUACUUUAAUUUGCUGGAUCUGCUGGUGGUUGGCGUCUCCCUCGUUUCCUUCGGCAUACAAUCGUCGGCCAUUUCAGUGGUAAAGAUCUUAAGGAUUCUGCGUGUGCUUCGACCUCUGAGAGCCAUCAACAGAGCCAAAGGACUCAAGCAUGUGGUUCAGUGUGUGUUCGUGGCCAUUAGGACGAUUGGGAACAUCAUGAUUGUCACCACACUUCUUCAGUUCAUGUUCGCCUGCAUCGGUGUGCAGUUGUUUAAGGGGAAGUUCUACCGCUGUACCGAUGAUGCAAAGACAAGUCCAGAGGACUGCAAAGGGACGUAUAUCGUGUACAGUAUUGGUGAGACGGCACUGCCACAAAUGCGUGAGAGGAUCUGGUACAACAGUGACUUUAACUUUGAUAAUGUGCUGAUGGCUAUGAUGGCCCUCUUCACCGUCUCAACGUUUGAGGGAUGGCCAGCUCUGCUGUACAAGGCCAUCGACUCAAACAAGGAAAACAUGGGUCCCAUUUACAACUACCGCGUAGAGAUCUCCAUCUUCUUCAUCAUCUACAUCAUCGUCAUUGCCUUCUUCAUGAUGAACAUUUUUGUGGGUUUUGUCAUCGUCACAUUUCAGGAGCAGGGCGAGAAAGAAUACAAGAACUGUGAGCUGGACAAGAACCAGCGCCAGUGUGUGGAGUACGCUCUGAAAGCCCGACCGCUGAGGAGAUACAUCCCUAAAAACCCAUACCAGUAUAAGUUCUGGUAUGUGGUGAACUCCACAGGCUUUGAGUAUGUCAUGUUUGUGCUCAUCGUCCUCAACACGCUGUGUCUGGCCGUUCAGCAUCACGGGCAGUCACGGCUUUUCAAUUAUGCGAUGGACAUUUUGAACAUGGUGUUCACGGGGGUCUUUGCAGUCGAAAUGAUUCUCAAACUGGUUGCCUUCAAACCAAAGCACUAUUUUGCCGAUGCAUGGAACACGUUUGAUGCCUUAAUUGUUGUUGGUAGCAUCGUUGACAUUGCGAUCACAGAGAUCAAUAACACAGAAGACAGCGCAAGAAUUUCCAUCACAUUCUUUCGUCUGUUUCGUGUCAUGCGCUUAGUGAAGCUGUUGAGCAGAGGAGAGGGCAUUCGCACGCUCCUGUGGACCUUCAUCAAAUCAUUUCAGGCUCUUCCAUAUGUGGCUCUGCUUAUUGCCAUGUUGUUCUUCAUCUAUGCUGUCAUUGGAAUGCAGGUGUUCGGGAAGAUCGCCAUGGUGGAUGGAACCAGUAUUAACCGCAACAAUAAUUUCCAGACCUUUCCACAAGCUGUGCUCCUGCUGUUCAGAUGUGCGACGGGUGAGGCGUGGCAGCAGAUCAUGUUGGCGUGUUUGCCUGGCAAACAGUGUGACUCUGAGUCCGACUAUAACCCUGGAGAGGAGAAAACCUGCGGCAGCAACUUUGCUAUCCUCUACUUCAUCAGCUUCUACAUGCUCUGUGCUUUUCUGAUCAUUAAUCUGUUUGUGGCUGUCAUCAUGGACAACUUUGACUAUCUGACACGUGACUGGUCGAUUCUUGGACCGCACCAUUUAGAUGAAUUCAAGAGGAUCUGGUCGGAAUAUGAUCCUGAGGCCAAGGGCCGAAUAAAACACUUAGAUGUGGUGACGUUACUGCGCAGGAUUCAGCCGCCGCUGGGAUUUGGCAAGUUGUGUCCUCACAGAGUGGCUUGCAAGAGGUUGGUUGCCAUGAACAUGCCACUAAACAGUGACGGUACGGUCAUGUUCAAUGCCACACUGUUUGCUCUGGUCAGAACUGCUCUGAAAAUCAAGACUGAAGGGAAUCUGGAACAAGCCAAUGAGGAGUUACGAGCCGUCAUCAAGAAGAUCUGGAAGAAAACUAGCAUGAAGCUCCUGGACCAAGUGGUGCCACCUGCUGGAGACGAUGACGUCACUGUGGGGAAGUUCUAUGCCACUUUCCUGAUACAGGACUACUUCAGGAAAUUCAGGAAAAGAAAGGAGCAAGGACUUGUGGGUUGCCAACCCUAUUCGAACACUACCACCGCUCUGCAGGCUGGUCUGCGCACACUACAUGAUAUCGGCCCUGAGAUCCGUCGAGCCAUAUCGUGUGAUCUACAGGAUGAAGGUCUAGUAGACGUCAACCUCAAUGAGGAGGAAGAGAUAUACGGGAGGAAUGGAGUUGUGAUUGGGAAUCAUGUGAGUGGAGAUCAAUACAGCAGUGUCACGCAGCGUCCUCUGCAGCUCCCGCUUCCUCGGUGCACCACCCAAAAUUACUGUCCGUCGAUGUCAGACAGAUCAUCCAACUCAAAUAUCAACAAUGCCAAUGUGCCAUCAGCCUCUGCCUUUCCCAACGGCUGGCACAAUCGCUGCCGGCGGCUCUCCGGGACCCUGGUGUCCUCUCUAAAUUCCUACCUCAACCUCAGGAAUGAUGCAGAACUACAGCUCAGGACUCACUCCAGAAGGCCGAGCGCCAGUGCUAUCGGAUAUCCGAUCAUCCACGUAGAAACCUCCACUUUAGCUGACAUCAGUGACGAUGACAGGAACUCUGGGGAGUAUUACAGCGGAGACGAGUUUAAUGAGGAUGAUGUCAUGCUGACUACAGACAGGUCAUACUUUGAGGACACUGUUAGUGAUGGUGCUCCGUCUGGACAGCAGGAUGCGUGUGAAUGCGUCUGUGAUGAUGGUGAACAGCUCAUAUCCCAGCAGUCCCAGAGGUCAUCAAAACGACUCCUGCUAUCUACAGCUCAAUCUUCUCACAAGUCCGCUUUCCAUUUCGAGUGUCUGCGCAAACAGAACAGCCAGGAUGAAAUUCCCCUGCAUCCAGUGGGCUUAUCGCAGCAUCAGGUGAAGACGGCGACUGGACAAGAAUCAAGUAGAACGCGACUCUCUCCGACUCGCUCCAUCCGCUCCUGGGUCACGCCUCCGGCCACGCCUCCACCCUACACCCCUCUGAUUCAGACCACGCCCAGCGCUAGGAGCACUCCAGGAUUGGUUCACAGGGGCUUCUGGAAUUCCCAGCAGGCUUCUGAUUGGUCAACACGUUCACCCUCGCUCCUGAAGGUUCCACCCCGACUGUGCGGCCAUCACCUGCAGCAGCGGAGCAGCGCUCACAGCCUGGUGGAAGCGGUGAUGAUAUCUGGUGGAUUGGCCAAAUAUGCAAAAGAUCCAAAGUUUGUGACAGUGACAAAACAUGAGAUCGCAGAUGCUUGUGACAUGACGAUUGAUGAGAUGGAAAGUGCUGCUAGCAAUUUACUGAACGUCACGCUAGGCCACGGGUCGGAGUCAGACGAGGCAGGCCUGUGUCAGAACAAUCUCCGUGACCACAGCGAUGAGGAGACGGACACGAGCGAUAAACGCGAGGAGGAUCUCGCCGAUGAAAUGAUCUACGUCUCAGUAUUAUAGUAAAGAACUCGAAAUACCCCAUUCAAACUAAACAACGUAGAAAAAUGAAUGAAUGAGGUAAUCGUGCCUUUAAAUGGGAGUGUCAUGGGGAGAUCUGCUGGCUUUAAAUUGUAUUCAGACCUUUUGAUUUAGUUAGCAAUUCUUUUGAUAUCUUGGGAAUUUCCAGCAAGAUCAAAAUGUAAUGACAUUACCGACCAACGUGUUUUCCUCUCAAUCUAUGCAUGGACUGGACCUUUGAAGAUCCCUAACCAACUUACCAACCAAAGUCCACUUGGUCAAAGGUACCAAACAGCAUUUCCACUUUCACCAUUUAAGUCAAAAAUUUGAUUCACAUAAAGACAAUUAUAAUGGUAAAAACUUCACAAUGAUACCUCCCAGUUGGGUAACUGAACUAUAUUUCAUGAUGGACUGAAUGUCUCUUUUUGCAUCUUUUUCCAACUUUUCCAUAUUCAAAGUGCAUCAAGGUUGGUGAAAUUUGGCCUCGCUGACUUCAAAUCUGCUGCAACAAAUCUUUGCGUGACACACACUAGAGUGCAGUUUAGAUCUGAUCGUUCUCACUUGGAAUAUAGUGCACAAAUUAAACCGACUACGGAAUUCUGAACUUCAUUUGUGUUUCAUGGGAGACAACUAGGCGAGUAAAUCUUUUUUGGUUGAAUGUAUGACAACACAUUAACAUAUAAAUGGAAAUGCGGAUGAUCCAGACACCUAGUUUCACAUGCUGAAAUAAAAAUACAAGAUGCCAAUUUUGGUGGUGGAAGAAAAAUACAUGUAUGAUAUGAAACAUUUCACUACGAUGGCUAAAUAA